AUGUUAACUUAUAACUUCAAAAUUCUGCUCGGAAGCGAAGCUGCACUUCGCAAACACAAGCCUGAUUUGGAAUUUGAAAAACUGGACAAGCUGUGGGCCAAGAUAGAGGGUGAAGUAGAAAAUAUAAAGAAGCAGCCAUUUGACGAUAUUCAUACAGAACCGACGAACACUGCUCAGAAACCCGGAAAUCGUACAAAAAGAGCUGUUUCUGAUACAAAAACUUUGCACCGCACAAUUGUUAGUGAGUCGAUUGUUUCAAAAGAGCCAGUGACAAACUUUGGUCCUAGUUUUUGUCAGGACAUUUUAAAAUCAGUCACAGAAUGGAAUUUUUGCGAGCGGUUCUUCGUUGAUGACUCUCAAUGUAAAGAGUCAUGCGCGUCCAAUGAUGAAAAAAGUUUCUGCACCGAUGUCAAAGACAGAGAGAUCAAGCUGCAAAUAGUGUUGGAGGAUUUCCAAAACUAUCAAGAAGAGUACCGAAAGCAAGCUGAUCUUGUAAUAAGACAGCACUGUUGGGUGAAAAUAUUCACGAGCACAAUGAAACUUAAGUUACACGAGCGAGACGACAGAAAAAUUCUCAUAGACUCAAUCGAGAUCGACCCCUCAAGAUACGACAAAACGAAGCCCUGGUUAUUCAAUGACGUACAGGUUAAUCUCUCCUUGAAGCAGAGUGGCGGUGACCCCAAGUACUAUAUCAAGCAUCAAAAACUGAGGAUAUUUGAGCCUGUCAAUCUACUGAACACAUUCAGCGUCAACGCAAUUCAGCCAUUUGCGAAUGCACUUAUUAACCAAUUGAACGCCAAGUACAUUGAAAUACACCCCAUUACAGAGCUAUAAAUGUUUAUUUUCAUUGAUAUGUAC